ACUAUACAAUAUUUUUUUCAAGAUAAUGGAAAUUUUCUUAAUGAUAACUACUAUGGAAAACACUAAAAAAUAUUUUGGUCUUAUCAUAUAAAUGGAAAAUAUUUUAGUCUACUUAAUUAUUUUGCUUUGAGUAUUCCUAUUGGGCUAGGGUUUUAAGAAAGUUUUCCUUUCUUCUUCUUUUUGCGUCCUCUAUAAGACUAUAAAUACAGGACGUCUUAUGCCUGAACGUAUCAUCAUACAAAGUUUCUGAAAAAAAUCUUCUUUGCUAAAAAAAUAACCAGAUCUACCAGAUUCUGUAAGUCGAAUAUGUGGGAUCAAAACCCUAGUUUCAGGUUUGAGGUAGAUAACUUCUCGGACAAGGAAGCUGCCAUAGCGUCUCAUGUAUUCGUGGCUGGCAGAUGCGAAUGGUAUCUUGCAGUUCAUCCCCAGGGACAUAAUGAUCACUUGUCUUUGUUCCUCUACGUUGCAAAUCGUGAAUCCUUGCGAACUGGAUGGAAAAGAAGUGCUAAAUAUUACUUCCGUUUGCUGAAUGAGUCCAACAAACAGCUUUAUAAAUCACCAGUAUACGGUGGAAAGAAAAGUUUGGUUUUUGGCGCUAGCCAUCCAGAAUGGGGUGCCAGUAAGACCUUGCCUCUAAGCACGUUUCAGAAACAAGGGUUUUUGGAGAAUGAUAAACUCAUCAUUGAAGUCUACAUUCAAGUUGUUGAAGCUUUUGAUGGAGAAGGCGGAGAUAUCAAUAGUUUUCAAGUUUUUGCUGCUCAUGUUGCUUCAGUGAAAAAGACAUUCGCAGAGCACGUGGCGAAGACAGAAUACAAGAAUACUCUAAGCAACGCUUGCAGCAAGUUGAGUGAGCUCGCGGAAGUAGGAGUCAAGCUAGAGUGGUUGAAGUCAAAGUUUGAUGAAGUUUCCUUCAAGAGGAAGAACGCAGACGGUGCUGCUGCUGAUGAUGAGUCUCUGGUCCAACAACUCGAGGAACGCAUCAAGAAUCUUGAACUAAUGGGAUCAGGCUUCAACAAGGACUGUUUGAACUUAAAGUCCAAGUGGAAGAAAUCACAUGCUGCUGAUGAGUGUCGUUUCCAAAAACUUGAAGAAAGCGUCAAGAAUCUUGAGCUGAUGGAACUAGGGCUAAAACUGGAGAGUUUGAAGUCGACGCUUGAGGAGGUGUCCUUGGAUAAGAAAAAAUCACAUGAUGCUGAUGAGUUUCGGGCCCAACUGCUCGAGGGGCGUCUCAAGAAGAUUGAGCUAAUGAAAACAGGCUCUAAACUUGAGAUAUUGAAGUCGAAGCUUGAGGAGAUUGCCUUGGAGAGGAGGGAAUCAUAUGAUGCUGAUGAGUCUAGGGUCCAACAACUCGAGGAACGCAUCAAUAAUAUUGAGCUGAUGGAUAUAGAAUUCAAGCUGGACUGUGUGAAUAUAAAGCUUGAUACUUCUGACGAGUCUCUAGUCCAACAACUCGAUGAACGUGUCAAGGACAUGUCAAGGAAAGUGGGAUUCAAGCUGGAUUGUCUGAAUACAACGAUUGAGGAAAGGUCCUUAGAGAGGAAGAAAUCUGAUGACGCUCGGUUCCAACAAUUUGAGGAAAGUGUCAAGAACAUUGAGCUGAUGGUGUCGUGUCUCAAAGUCGAACUCGACAAGAAGAAGGACAAAUCUACUGCUGAAGGAUUUUUGUUGGUCGACUAGGCUUCUCUUGAUGUAGAGAUCAAGUUUUUAGUUUAUUGAUUAUUAUAUAGAAGACACUCUAAUGUCGUUUCAUUUUUCUCCUGUUUUGGUUUUUAGUUUUGCACUGUGAAUCCUAUAGUCUAGAGAUUCGACAUAAUCAAAAUAUUUUUUUCGUUCUGAUUUAAUCCCAUAAUUCAUCAAAAAAAUCGAUUCUUCUCGUAUCUAACCAAAUUUUCACAUUUAAUUUCUACCUGAAAUUAAUUUAGAUAUUUAUAUAUGGGAAACUAAUUAUAUUAUUAUCUAUCUAUACUAUUAUUUGAGAAGUAAAUUUG